CCCCCCGCUCCCUCCACCGCCUCCCCCCGCCCCGCACCAUUGGCUUCAAAGCGGCCGGUGCCCAGCAACUCGCAGAGGUGCAAAAAGUGGCCGCGGGGCCGGUAGAGCCUCUGCCGCCGCCCCCGGACAUCGCCCCGGCCGGGCCCGGCACGUCGGGGCGGAGGCGCGACCCCUCGCCGCGCCGCUGGGCAGCGCCGAGCAGGCAGCCAGCCCGCCCCGCCGCGUUAUAAAAGCCGCCUCCAGAAAGAGGAGAAACUCCACGGGAGGAAAACAUCUCGGCGCGGUGCUGUUCCGUUGAAGUACAGGCAUGACAUCCGUCCUGGGCAGCAGCAGGGCGUCGGGAGGGCCGAGCGGGCAGCUGAAAUGCAAGUCCAAGAGGAGGAGAAGGAGGAGAUCAAAGAGGAAAGAAAAAGUAAGCAUACUGUCAACCUUCAUAGCACCCUUCAAGUACCUGAGUCCUGGUACAACCACCAUGGAGGAUGAAGACAGUUUAAGUACCAGCAGUGCAGAAGUAAAGGAAAAUCGAAACAUUGGCAACCUGGAGGAUCAUCCAAUAUCCUCUAAUGAGAGGGCAAGAGGGGGAACACCUAGCAGUAAGAGAAAAAGACCCUUAGAGGAAGGCAAUAAUGGCCAUUUCUGCAAACUCCAGCUCAUCUGGAAAAAAGUCUCGUGGUCAGUGACGCCAAAGAAUGCUCUGGUUCAGCUACAUGAACUUAAACCAGGUUUACAAUAUAAAAUGGUUUCCCAGACAGGUCCAGUGCAUGCUCCAGUCUUUGCUGUUGCUGUGGAAGUAAAUGGACUUACGUUUGAAGGCACAGGGCCCACAAAAAAGAAAGCCAAAAUGCGUGCUGCAGAGCUGGCUCUGAAGUCAUUUGUUCAGUUCCCCAACGCCUGCCAAGCUCACUUUGCCAUGGGGAAUUGCAUCAACCCAUCCACGGACUUUACUUCUGAUCAGGCAGACUUUCCAGACACUCUGUUCAAGGAGUUCGAACCAUCUACACACAACGAGGACUUUUCAGUCUAUAACCCCGUUAAUAACGAAUUACUUUCCACUGCUUAUCGACACGGGCGCUUACUCUGCCAUACACUGGACUUAAUGGGCCACGGUAAGCAAAACAAGCACAAGAUGGCAUCCAAAGCAGAGAGCGAGAAGAACCCAGUGGUGCUGCUAAAUGAGCUGCGGUCGGGCCUGCGGUACGUCUGCCUGUCGGAGACUGUGGAGAAGCAGCACAGCAAGAGUUUUGUGAUGGCGGUGAGAGUGGAUGGGAGAACAUUUGAAGGCUCAGGACGCAGCAAGAAGCUGGCCAAGGGUCAAGCAGCACAGGCGGCCCUGCAGGCACUCUUUAACAUUCGGCUGCCCAGCCACAUUCCCAGCAGAAGUAAAUGUCACCAUUUGCCACAGGAUUUUGCCGACUCUGUAUACCAAAUGGUUGCACAGAAGUUCCAGGAGCUGACAGAUAAUUUCACUUCCAUGCAUGCAUGCCACAAAAGUCUUGCAGGCAUUGUGAUGACCAAAGGUUUGGACACCAGGCAAGCUCAGGUUAUUGUGCUGUCAUCGGGUACCAAAUGUAUAAAUGGGGAAUACAUUAAUGACCAGGGGCUUGCGGUCAACGACUGCCAUGCAGAAAUUGUGGCAAGGAGGGCAUUUGUUCACUUCCUCUACUCACAGCUGGAGUUACACUUAAGCAAACGGCGAGAAGACUGGGAGCGAUCAAUCUUCGUGCGAUUAAAAGAGGGAGGCUACAGGCUGCGGGAGAACAUCCUGUUCCAUCUGUACGUGAGCACAUCACCCUGCGGAGAUGCACGCCUCAACUCCCCCUAUGAAAUCACAACCGACUUAAACAGCAGCAAGCACAUAGUGAGAAAAUACCGCGGGCACCUCCGAACCAAGAUUGAGUCUGGAGAAGGAACCAUUCCCGUCCGGUGUCACAACGCGGCUCAGACGUGGGACGGCGUCUUGCUGGGAGAGCAGCUCAUCACCAUGUCCUGUACAGACAAAAUCGCCAGAUGGAACAUCCUUGGGCUACAAGGUGCUCUCCUCAGCUCCUUCAUUGAACCCAUGUACUUGCACAGCAUCAUUGUGGGAAGCCUCUAUCACACUGGUCACCUUUCCCGGGUAAUGAGCCAUAGAAUAGAAGACAUUGGUCAGCUGCCAGCUUCAUACCGGCGCAAUCAGCUGCUUCUCAGUGGGGUUAGCCACGCUGAUGCCCGGCAGCCUGGAAAAUCUCCCAGCUUCAGUGUGAACUGGGUUGUGGGGAACACCGACCUGGAGGUUAUCAAUGCCACGACGGGGAAAAGGACCUGUGGGAGUCCCUCACGGCUCUGCAAACACAUGUUCUUCACUCGAUGGGCAAAGCUUCAUGGCAAGCUGAGCACACGAACACCAAGCCAUGGAGACAUGCCAUCAGUGUACAGCGAGGCAAAGCUGGUGGCUCAGACAUACCAGUCUGUCAAGCAGCAGCUGUUUAAAGCGUUUCAGAAAGCCGGUCUGGGCACCUGGGUGAAGAAACCCCCAGAGCAAGAUCAGUUCCUACUAACUGUAUAAAUCACUUGACACCUUUGCUAUGUGACCGGAUCAAAUCAGCUGGAGAGGCGGCUAGGCAGGAUGCAUGAGCUGAGAGAAUCAAAGCAGUUUCAGAUUUAACAGCAACCUCCAUGGGAAUAUUUGCUUUUAAUUCUGUAUUGGAAAUAGAUAAAUAGAAAUGUGUCUGAUGCACUGAACUCAACUUUAGAAAAUUGCUUUUUCAUGAUCCCUUCCCAAGAAUGUACCUGCCCAAAUUAUAAUGCCACCCCCACAAAGAUUCUGCUUUUCAUUGUUUAUUGUUGUUGUUUAUUACUGACUUUAGGCAUUAGCAGGCCACCUGUCUGACCCAAAAUAGAGUUUGUUUUCCCUCACACAAUCAGUGCAAAAGUCAUCACUGAAUGAUGGAAAAUAGUGAGCAAAGCUGGAAGUACCUCAGGCGCACAGCAUGACAGCAGGUCUCAGAACAUCCAUAAUCACCCACAAAAAAGGUGUCUAGCCUCUAUGCAAAAAUCAUCCUGUUAGCUGCCUAAAUCUGUGAGAAAGAAUUUGGACCUCAAAGAUACGCAGCAUUUUUAAACUCCGCUUUCCUGGUUCUGAGCACAAAGCCGAGCGUUGGGAUUCCCUUGGUUUUCACGCUUACUCCCUCUGACGCCUUGGACAAACCACUUCCCACCAAAUCUUCAAUUCUGACCACAGAUUUUAAUUAUCUGAGCCCAGCUUGUCACACAUGACUUUUAGACACCAACCACAAUGCAGGUGCCUACCAAACCUGUGCUGCCUUCAGAGGUGCACGGCUCUGCAGGGACUGCUGGUGACAAGCAGUGGGACAAUGUUCCCAGCUCAGGUGGCUGCCUAUGAUCAGGCACACUGGAGCCAGGACCCAGAGCCUCAGAUUUCCAAGCUUCUGAUGAUCCACGACUCUAAAUUAAGUGGGUGUGAGCUCAGGAUGCUCCACACAUCUGAAAAACUGCUGGAUUGGGUGGCCACAACUAAGACAUCCCAAACUAGAGAGCACAACUGAUAUUUGGCCCUUUCCUGCCUUAGUUUCUCCAUCUGUCAAAUGGGAACCUGCUUCACAUCUAAGAAACUUGGUAGGAUCAAAGUGCUCUGAUCAUAAGCCAGAUUCUGCCACUCUUGCAGUAAGUUUUACCUCCCCACAUAGUCCAGUUGACGUAAGUGCAGCAGAUGUAACUACAGGCUUGGGUAACGUCUUACUCAAUGUAAGGGUUUUCAGAUUCUAGCUCUUUGUAAAUGCCAAGUAUUAUUACUAUUCUUGUUCAUCUGCAGCCUGAAAAGCAGGUGGGGUUUUUCAGUUGGGAGAUGAGUAGCACCCAACAGUUAAAUGUUUUCUUCAUAACUGUGGCUGGGUCUGAUAUAAUCUCAUCUUUCAUCAAAAUGCAGCAGAUAGUCAUAGGAGAACUGAGCUUUGAUAGUCCCACUGUAGUACCAACCUUCAAACACCCUGUAUAUUUCUUUCAGUUUUUCGGUUUUUAAAUGACAGGAUUUGCGGGUAUAUAACUACUGUUUUCUUUUUAUUCCUGUGAUUCUCUUUAAAUCUGUAUAUAACAUGCUGCUACUGAUUUGUGAUAAUUGUCUUGGUAUUUUCUCAGAAUUGUCAAGCUGAGUUACUUUUCAAACAACACAAGGCUCAUAUUUUUCCAUGUAAUUUCCUUUACACAGAAAACUGUUCCUAUCAAUAAAGAUAGAUGCUCUUUGUAUAGGAUUUAUCAUGUUUGGAGAGCCAUAUACAGUAAAUACAUUGUUUAUUGAUGCCCACAAUAGAAUAGCUACAGUAUUUUGAUGAGAUUUUAUUUUUAGAUUAUAAACUACAAGAUGUAUCUAUAGUGUCUUGUAUAAAAACCAAUUGUGAUAAACUAGAAUUUUUAAAUUAGAUAAAACAAAGCUCUCCCCUUCCAGAAACCUUUUCAGCAAAAUAAUACAUUCCAUAUUAACUACCAAAAAUAUUUUAAAAAAUAUCCUUAGAGUAGAUAUAGUUAAAAAAAAAAAAAAAAGAAAAAAAAAGAACGUUUCAAUAAUGGAAGAAUUUUGUGAUAACCACUUUGUCAAUACUUCGACCACUUUGUCAGCUCCUCUGAUUAACAUUCAGAAUACUUUUGGCACCUUCUGGAGCUUACUGGUACCUCCACACCGUCCCAUCCUCUAACACAGCUGUCACUGGUGCAUUCCUCUGCUGUGAUCCAGGCAGCAAAGGUGCCCAAAGGGGUGGCGGGCAGGUGGGGGUCAGGUCCAUGAUUGGAGAUACGGGAGAAGCUGUGGGUGACAUGGCCAGUGGUGGUCCCAGGGACGCUGGUUGCUCCCACCAGGGGAGAGAAACCACAGAGUGACCAGAGAGGAGAUGAAGGUUUCUCCUGCAGAGAUCCACAGGGCAGGGAGAAGCAGCGUCUUCUACUUUUACGCUCCAAGUUAGUCUUUGUCUAGCACACAAGAGACCUCAACGGCUCCUCCUUGCAUCUCCCUGCCUAAUCCACCCUCCUCCAGCCCUCCCAUGGCCAUCAGCUCAACUAGUGCACAUAGCUCCUCAGGCUGGUGUUGCAGCUACCAAGACAAAACACCAUGCCUGGUUACUUUUAAGGACAAAAAGGAAAGUGUGGUGGGAUUGAAUUAUUCUUUGUGGCAAGAAAUACAUAAAUACAAUCCGGGAUUCAGCUGCCAGCACGAUCUCAGUGGUGGGGACUGAACGGAGUCCCCCUGCAAGUGGGCAUCAGCUGAUCUCAUGGAAGGCUUUGGAGUUGCACCUGCUUGCACUAGGGUUGAAUGUGACCUUAAAUGUCUACUUCUUCUCAUUAUGUGCAGCGAUAGUGUGUGAUGGGGCCACAUCCCAGAAGCACACAUGACCUACAUGCAGCAUUUCCUGAAGCAAAGGAAAACUUGCUCUGUAGUAAUUCUUUAGUGAAGAUUCUGUACAUUAUACGCAUGAGUGAAUGGCAAUACUGUACUACUGGUUGUACAUUUGUAAUAUUUGUAAAAAAGAGAAACUCAAAAGACAACAGAAGAAAAUAAAUCUGAAUUUACAUAUGUGAAUUUGCUGCUAAGUUCUGUAAAUUGCACUUCAGUGAUACCUGAUAAGUGAAUGUUUCUGUUAAGUGAAUAAAAUACCAAGUAAAAUUGUUA